GCGGCGGCCCCUCCCCUCCCCCUCCCGCCGCCGCCGCGGAGAGCGCAGGGAGCAGCCUGGGGCUCGGCGGCGGCGGCGUCUGGCCCCAGCUCCUCCUCCAUCUCCUCCUCGCUCCCUCCAUCUGCCGUGGUUAUGGCCCGUCGCUGGAGCACAAAAGAGUCUCCGCGGUGGAGGUCUGCGUUGCUCUUGCUGUGCCUCGCUGGGGUGUACGGAAAUGGUGCUCUUGCAGAACAUUCUGAAAAUGUGCAUAUUUCAGGAGUGUCAACUGCUUGUGGAGAGACUCCAGAACAAAUUCGAGCACCAAGUGGCAUAAUCACAAGCCCAGGCUGGCCUUCUGAAUAUCCUUCCAAAAUCAACUGUAGCUGGUUCAUAAGAGCAAACCCAGGGGAAAUCAUUACUAUAAGUUUUCAGGAUUUCGAUAUUCAAGGGUCUAGAAGAUGCAGUUUGGACUGGCUGACAAUAGAAACAUAUAAGAAUAUUGAAAGCUACAGAGCUUGUGGUUCCACAAUUCCCCCUCCAUAUAUCUCUUCACAAGACCACGUCUGGAUCAGGUUCCAUUCGGAUGACAGCAUCUCCAGAAAAGGUUUCAGACUGGCAUAUUUUUCAGGGAAAUCUGAGGAACCGAACUGUGCUUGUGAUCAGUUUCGUUGUGGUAAUGGAAAGUGUAUUCCAGAAGCCUGGAAGUGUAAUAACAUGGAUGAAUGUGGAGACAGCUCCGAUGAAGAGAUCUGUGCCAAAGAAGCUAAUCCUCCAACAGCUGCUUCUUUUCAACCCUGCGCUUACAACCAAUUCCAGUGUCUCUCCCGCUUUACCAAAGUUUACACCUGCCUCCCCGAGUCUUUAAAAUGUGAUGGGAACAUUGACUGCCUUGACCUAGGAGAUGAAAUAGACUGUGAUGUGCCAACUUGUGGACAGUGGUUAAAGUAUUUUUAUGGAACUUUUAAUUCUCCCAAUUAUCCAGACUUUUAUCCUCCUGGAAGUAAUUGCACCUGGUUAAUAGAUACUGGUGAUCAUCGUAAAGUCAUUUUACGCUUCACUGACUUUAAACUUGAUGGUACUGGUUAUGGCGAUUACGUCAAAAUAUACGAUGGGUUAGAGGAAAAUCCACACAAGCUUUUGCGGGUGUUAACUGCCUUUGAUUCUCAUGCACCUCUUACAGUUGUUUCUUCUUCUGGACAGAUAAGGGUACAUUUUUGUGCUGAUAAAGUGAAUGCUGCAAGAGGAUUUAAUGCUACUUAUCAAGUAGAUGGCUUCUGUUUGCCAUGGGAAAUACCCUGUGGAGGGAACUGGGGGUGUUAUACUGAGCAGCAACGAUGUGAUGGGUACUGGCAUUGCCCAAACGGAAGAGAUGAAAUCAACUGUACCAUGUGCCAAAAAGAAGAAUUUCCAUGUUCCCGAAAUGGUGUCUGUUAUCCCCGUUCUGAUCGCUGCAACUACCAAAAUCAUUGCCCAAAUGGCUCAGAUGAAAAAAACUGCUUUUUUUGCCAGCCAGGAAAUUUUCAUUGUAAAAACAAUCGUUGUGUAUUUGAAAGCUGGGUGUGUGAUUCUCAGGAUGACUGUGGCGAUGGCAGUGAUGAGGAAAACUGCCCAGUAAUUGUGCCCACCAGAGUCAUAACUGCAGCUGUCAUAGGGAGCCUGAUCUGUGGCCUGUUACUCGUCAUUGCUUUGGGAUGUACUUGUAAGCUUUAUUCUCUGAGAAUGUUUGAACGAAGAUCAUUUGAAACACAGUUGUCAAGAGUGGAAGCAGAAUUGUUGAGAAGAGAAGCUCCUCCUUCUUAUGGACAAUUGAUUGCUCAGGGUUUAAUUCCACCAGUUGAAGAUUUUCCUGUUUGUUCGCCUAAUCAGGCAUCUGUUUUGGAAAACCUGAGGCUAGCUGUGCGAUCUCAGCUUGGAUUCACUUCAAUCAGGCUUCCUAUGGCAGGCAGAUCUAGCAACAUUUGGAAUCGUAUUUUUAAUUUUGCAAGAUCACGUCAUUCAGGGUCAUUGGCUUUGGUCUCAGCAGAUGGAGAUGAGGUGGUUCCUAAUCAGAGUACCAGCAGAGAACCUGAGAGAAAUCAUACUCACAGAAGUUUGUUUUCUGUGGAGUCUGACGACACUGAUGCAGAGAACGAGAGAAGAGAUGCAGUGGGAGCGUCUGGUGGGGUUGCAGCUCCUUUACCCCAAAAAGUGCCUCCCACAACAGCAGUAGAAGCAACAGUGGGAGCAUGUGGAAGUUCCUCAACUCAGAGUGCUCGAGGUGGUCAUACGGAUAGUGGAAGAGAUGUGGCAAGUGUGGAACCCCCAAGUGUGAGUCCGGCACGGCACCAGCUUACAAGUGCGCUAAGUCGUAUGACUCAGGGGCUACGUUGGGUUCGUUUUACAUUAGGGCGAUCAAGUUCCGUAAGUCAGAAUCAGAGUCCCUUGAGACAACUUGAUAAUGGGGUAAAUGGUAGAGACGAAGAUGACGAUGUCGAAAUGCUAAUUCCAGUUUCUGAUGGAGCUUCAGAUGCUGACGUGAAUGACUGCUCCAGACCUCUUCUUGAUCUUGCCUCCGAUCAAGGACAAGGGCUUAGACAACCAUACAGUGCAACAAACCCUGGCGUAAGACCGAGCAGUCGAGAUGGCCCCUGUGAGCGCUGUGGCAUCGUCCACACUGCUCAGAUUCCAGAUACUUGCUUAGAAGCAACACUGAAGAAUGAAACGAGUGAUGAUGAGGCUUUGUUACUUUGUUAGGUACGAAUCUGGUAAGGGAGAUUGUAAGUUGGAGCAAUAUCCGUUCAUUGUUUUGUAACUUUACAAUUGAACUAGUUUUAGUUUAAAAAGAAACAAAAAGAUGCAGGGUGAUUUCUUAUUAUAUGUUAGCCUGCAUGGUUAAAUUAAAUAACUCAUAACUCAGAAUUUAGAGUUUCCUGUUUUUAGCAGCUACAUGUUUAUGUAUUCAUUUUGUUUGAUAAUGUUCUUCCAUUGGUUUCUCCUUGUUUUUAUCCUGGUACUGUAGUUCACUGUAGAAAUGUGGCUGCUGAAACAUUUAUUUGACUGUCAUUUUAUCUAUCCUAUGUUAAAAGGUUUGUUUGUACGAAAUAGUACCUUAUUUUAAUUGAAUCUUUUAUGCUUUUGCCAACACACCUUAUAACUUAUGCUAGAUGUUAAGGUUGUUAAUGUACAAAAAAAAGCAAGCCCUUAUACUCACCUGUGUUCUUAUUUGUCUAACAUUUGACUCUUACUGGAUUUCAUCAUAAUAUGAACUUGUCAACAGGAAAAAAAGUUUCUCAAAAUUUUUUUCUUAUGUUUAACAUGCAGUGAUGUGAAAUUUAGGUAGAGUUAGAUAAAUUAAUGGCAAAAACAAAACUCUUUUAUAGAUUUUCUAAUGUUGACUUUAAUACUCAAAUAUGGUACAAACCAAAUGGUAAAAUCCCUACACGUUUAAUUUUUUUCAUCUGUAUUUAGGGACAGGAUCGAGAGAAUGAAGAUACUCUACUAUGCAUUAAAUCUUGAACUUUAUAAAAUAUGUACAAAAAUUGUACAUGACAAGUUCCAACUGGUAAUGUCUUUCCCUAAUAUAGGGUUAUGCUUGUAUUGGACCCUAGGGAUUUGCACUAAAAUCAUAUCAAGGUCUCAGAUGAGUUUAGUGCACAAGCACUAUCACUUUAAAUAUUAUUAUUUGCUACCACAGUAACUAUAUAUUUCCAUAGCUUUGGGGGGGGCAUUUUUAUGACAACUUGAAAUUGCUUUGCUGGUUUCAUAUUUAUUUGUUGUAUUUAAAAACUGCAUUAUUGUAAGAGUGAUUUUUUUCCAGUAUAUUUUAUUCAUGGGGGGAUUAAGCUACAGUCUUGAAGAAAAGCAGACGAGUCAUUCAGAUCGCCCCCCAUUUUUUUAGUAAAGUGAAUUGCAGAAUCCUGUAUAUUUUUUUUAUUGUCAGUUCCUGUUUAUUUAUUCUUUAGCUGUCUGUUUUAGUAGCUUAAUAAUUGAGUAUGAAAAAUGUAUUUGUGUGUGAUUAUUGCUAUUUAUUAAAUUUAAGUACUUUGCUGAAUGUCAUUUUAAAGCAUGUUUGAGGUCUUGUGUAUUUGUCUUGUUAUGCUGUCAGAAAGAACUGACUAAAAUGUUUUAAUAUGUAUCAAAAAUUAAAAUAAUUUUUUUUAUUGCCUUGA